AUGAUUCUGAAUGAAAAAGAAAAUAUCUCAGGAACAGUUGUGACAGAGUUCGUGCUAAUUGGAUUCUCUAGACUGCAGAAGAUGCACCUGCCAUUGUUCUGCCUCUUCCUGGUCAUAUAUGUGUUGUCAGUAAUUGGCAAUGGUCUGAUCAUCCUCAUAAUCCGCCUCGAUGCCCGCCUACAUACCCCUAUGUACUAUUUUCUCAGCAACCUUGCCUGGUUGGAGAUGAUCAUCACCACCACAGUCACACCUAAGAUGCUCAGCCUUCUCAUCACAAAGAAAAAAACCAUCUCCUUCUUUGGAUGUGCUGUUCAGCUAACACUGUACUUCCUUUGUGGGACCACAGAAGUUCUCCUAUUAGGAAUCAUGUCUGUGGAUCGCUACUUGGCCAUCUGCAACCCACUGCGCUACACGGCCAUAAUGAGUAACCAAGUCUGCAUGCUCAUGAUGCUUUUCUGCUGGUUUGGAAGUUUCUUUUGUGUUGCGAUUAGUGCCGUUUUCAAGACAGGCCUUCCUUAUUGUGGCCCCAAUGUCAUUGAUCAUUUCUUCUGUGAUACUGGCCCCUUGUUAAAGUUGGUCUGUGCAGACACCACUCUGGUUGAAACCGUAGAAUUUUCCUCAUCCUGUUUCACACUCCUGAGUUCCGUCUCUGUGACAGCUGUCUCCUACCUGAGCAUCAUUUUCACUGUGAUCAGGAUGCCUUCAGCGCAAGGCAGGAGGAAAGCCUUCAGCACAUUCAGCUCCCAUAUCACUGUGGCCAUCCUCUAUUAUGGCAGCUCCAUAUUCAUCUAUGUCAGACCACCUGGAAGUUCUUCUAUGAAUUUUAAUAAGGUGGCCACUGUGUUCAACUCUGUGAUAACUCCAUUCCUUAAUCCACUUAUCUAUAGCUUUAGAAACAAAGUUGUCAAGGAUGUGCUAAAAGAUGCAGUGAAGAAAAUUGGUGCAAUAUUUAGGAAAACAGUCGAUUAG